AAUGGCGUUCCGAGCAGACGAGCAAGAUGAGUUGAAAUCCGUGUUUGACGAAGCUGCUAGCUAUCUUAAGCACAUUGCGAAGAGAUUGGAUUCAGAACAGCUGCUUUACUUUUAUGCCAGGUUCAAACAGGCUCGGGAAGGGCCGUGUGAGGAUCUGAAGCCAUCUUUCUUUGAUUUCCAGGGAAAACAGAAAUGGAAAGCCUGGAGAAAUCUAGGCCAAAUGUCCAGAUACCAGGCCAUGUCAGAAUAUGUGACAGCAUUAACCAAGCUAGAGCCUGAUUGGGAAUCAAAGCUGGAUUCUGAUGAGCAAGAUGACCUGGGUACAGGAGGCACGGGUGUCUCCGUGAGCACCAUGUACCACCCAGAUGAUGACAUCACUGACGAAAACAAGACUGUCUUUGAUUGGUGCAAGGAAUGUAAUGUAGAGAAGGUGCAGAGCUUUUUGACCAGUCAUGGCCUGGAUGUGAAUGCCAAAGAUGCAGAGGGCAUGGCUUUGCUACACUGGGCUGCUGACCGUGGGUUUGUGGAGAUGGUGGAGUUACUGCUGAAGAACAGGGCUGAUCCAAACGUACAGGACGCUGAUGGCCAAACACCCCUUCAUUAUGCGGUGUCCUGUGGUCACACUCCAGUCGUGGAGAGUCUGUUGCGUCACUGGGCCAGUCUGGAAAUCGCAGACUCUGAUGGAUUGCUGCCGGCUGACAUGGACCCCUCCCCAGAGAUCAGCGCUCUAUUGCAGCAGGCCCUGGGGACAUAGUGCUAAGGCUAACCAGACAUACAUGUACUAGUCGUCAAAUGUGGUCGUCAAAUACCAAUUCAGCCUUGAAGGCUGUAUUCUAACUUGUGCUGAUGGCAUUGUGGGAAACCAUAUGAAAUUAAUUAAGUCAUUCAAAAUUUCAUUUACUGUAAUUCUUCAACAUUUCGCAAAUUUGCAAAAAAGUUUAUUCAAGCAUAUUCUGAGGGCAUUAUUCUUAGCAGACUGAUAAAAUUCCACAUUUUGUGAACCCCUAAAAUUGGCCAACCCAACCAACGUUGAUUUCUCUCCAAAAACAUAUUAAAAAGAUGCAUAAGUGACACUGAAAAUUGCUCAGUUAAAUGUGAAAAAGUUCAGGAAUUAGGUAGUGUUGAAAUUCAGACUUCAAAGAAAUGGAAAUAUGUUUGCACAGCUUCACCUGAAAUAUUUGUUCAGAGUAAAAGUUGGUCAUCUGCUAAUCAACAUAACAUAUACAGCCACUAAUGGUGGACUGAUUUUAGUUUUGUGGAAAAUGAAGCAUAAAAAAGUGAACCUCUUGCAGUGUCUUAAGCUGUCGACAAAGCUGACAAACGUUUUUACCAUAUUUGUAUGUUGUGCUCAAUUUUGGUUUCAAGACAGCUGUGUCUUGAAACACCCCUUCCCUCCACACCCUCAGUUCCAUGGAUCCUAAUUGUCGACCCCCUUCAGUCAGUUUUACAGUAGGGUGAGUCGAACAUUGAAUAAAGUGGUUUCGUUUUUUUGACAGCUUCAUUGAUAGCCUAGAUGAAUACACUUCUAGGGUGUGCCCCUGACUAUGAAAAGCCAGUUAGAAUUGUAAUUUAUUAUCAAAAUUAACUUUUUAUCAAAAUUAUUUAUGUUAUGUAUGCAUCUUGUGAUGUUUUAGCUGUUGUGCCUGUUUGGCAUCAUUCAAUAAAUGGUACCGGUAGUGCCAGCUAUUUUCAAGAUGGUCAGUUUUGAAAUGUUGUAAAUGUUCACCUUCAUGUUCAAGUUCGUGGCAUCUGACUUGUAUCUGCAGAAAUCUGGACAAACAUCCUACAUCGAGCGAUACAUUCUAACGAUAUACAUAGUAAAUAUUUGUUAUAGUUACACAACUAUGAACGCUAUAAAAUUUUACACAUUUUACUGUGUAUUUUCUUGAGAUUUCUCUGUUCUUAUUUCCAGCAUUGUUUUAGUGCUUUUUAUUAUUGCUCUUAAUAUUAAAUGAUGUUUAUGCUGCCUAAUCAACAGAGCAAUUCAGAAUUUCCGAAAUGAUUAUUUGUUCCACUCCUUACACUUAUAGAAUAAUAAGUGGUUAGAAGUGUCCAACCUAUUAGAUACCUUUCCUAUUGUAAUAACUGUUCUGCAAUAUCAUAACCGGGUACUAAGAAAAAGAAAAACUAAAAACAAAGUGUAUGUGACGUUAACACCACUAGAACAUUCGCUAUGGCAAUUAACAGAACAUCUGUGUAGAUCGCGCUAAUUCGAUGAUUUAUCAUUCUGAAAAUAUCAUUCUGUGGGGACCGUAAAGAGCAAUGAAAAUUUAUAGAUACAUAACAUUUACACAGAAAUGGAGGUGCUGUAAAAUUCUCUUAGGCACAGCUGACAGUCGCUUUAGGUGUAUACUCAUAAGUUUACUAUACUGUUCACUUUUUCUUCCUGAAGUGUAAAACUGAAAGAAUGACAAAUAUAAACCAACUUAUACAUACGUGUGUUUACUUACUGCUUUCUGUUGUACAUGUUUAAAAUUUUACCAUUUGAUUACGAAGUGAAGAUACGCCCUGACCUUGUUGUCCUUGAGUUACUGACAUUAUUUACUGAUUCCGUAAUUUUAACUUUGCCCAACCUGCAAAAUAUUUAUUUUGAGCUUGUAUUAAUUAAAUGCAUAACAAAAACUUUACAGUAAGUUUAAAAGAAACCGGUCGUCAAAAUGCCCAUUCCCCUUCAUUUGUGUACCAACAGUAUUGAUUGUUUUUGUAUUUUUCGUUGUGGUUUUUUCACAGUGACUGCCUUGUCUUCAGUCUCCAAAUGUAGUCGAUAGUUAUCUCCCUGGAUACCUGUAAAGUGUCCUCAUUGUGUUGGACCGAAAAACACUUCUAAACUUCGAAGACUAAUCUGUCAAAUUGACAGACUGCUCGUACUAUAUUAUCUGAGUGACUACUCAGUAGAAUGUGAUAUUGCUACAGGCCAGUAAGCUACGUAUGACUGACUGAUUGUCUAGCAGGCUCGUCGUCAUAUGACUGAAAAAUUGUUGAGUACGACGUUAAACCCCAAGCACUCACUCACUCACUCUAGCAGGCUGUUCUGUUGUCCAUGACCUAACAUUACCGAAGCAUGUUAUAAAACAUAGUCUUCCUGGUAUCAGUCAGAAGACCUAAUUCUAUGAAUACCAUGUGAAAUGAAUUAGAUACUUUCAGAGUGUAUAUAUUUAUGGCAGGAUGGCGUAAGACUUGCCAACGAGGUACACAACUGCUCUUCAUGUAUGCUUUUUUGUGGAAGUAAAUAAAGUUGUAAAGUAUGUCGUUCAAGUAUAUUCAUGCUCAAGGAAAGAAGGACGUUAAACCCCAAGCACUCGCUCACCCAUUCAACGCAGGAACCAGUUUAGUUAUGUUUCUAGUCAAGUAAUUUCGGAAAUAUGUUCGUCGCUAGACUAUUUAUAUUUGUAGUAUUGAAAACCCUUUGUUUCAGAUUGUGUAAACGAACUUUUUGUUCCCGUUCAAAAUUUUGUUUUAUGUUUAAUAUAUACUAUCCA